ACUUUCACGAGGGUGAUUGAAACCUCAGCGUUUAUUAGCCGAGACUAGCGGUUUCUAAUUUUAAAUCGGACGCAAGUGGCGUAAACCGCGUUUUCAGUUCAGGCCUCAACGCUGUUUCGACAAGCAGCCGAAGCGAGCCAUCGAGAGCUCGCUAGACCAUUGCGAUAUGUCGCGAGCGAAGUGAUCUGCAUCGUUCUGCUGCUGUUCGCCAAGAUGUUCAACUUCUUCAAACGCUCCAAGAAGGAACCGGAAAGGGGCAAGGAGGAAAGGAGGAGCAGGGAACCCCCGAAGGGUCGAACUCAUGAAUGGCAGACAAUGGGUGCUGGUGGAGAACCGAGUCAGAAUGUUGCCAAUUCGGAGACUGCGCUCAAAGUCGACGUGCAAUCGGUGCCAAACCAUACGUCGUCAUUGGCAUCCUCGGAAUUGCGGGAAAAUUGUGCAGUCGGUGGAGUGCCGGGCCCAAGGGAAAUCUCGGAAAAGCAGGGCUUUCCUGAGGGUGGUGACGAAGUUAGAAAACCCAUGGAUCAAACCCCCGUUUCCAUGUUAUCCUACGCGGGUGCCCUGAAGACGCCAGAACCGAGGCAAAACGUCAAACCAUGCGGACAUGGCACUUUGGCAAUCGCGCCAAGGGCUCCAGUUCCCGGAUCUAAGAGGGAAAACACCAGCACACCCCCUGCCAGUCCGAAAUUGGAGAUAAAAAAGUUCAAGGAGAGAUCCAACACCACCCCAGAGCUGUACAGAUUGAGCGAAAAAUCCGAGAUCAAGGAUGCAAACAAGAACAUAACUCAAAUUACAACUGGUCCUGGUUUUUCGCCGAAGACAACGCCGAAGAUUCAUGAGGAAAAAGAGAAGAAUCUUAUUAAUCAAGAAGCAAAAUUUCAAAGUGAAUUGAACGAUCUAACGAAGCAGCUAUCUUUACGAGAUGCAGAAGCAAAUAAACUCAGGUUCCAAAUGGAAGAACUUCAACGGGACGUAUUCGCAAAAUCUGCAGGAAUGGAUAGAUUACAAACCGAACUUCAAGCUGCGAAUAAAGAGUCGGAGAUGACUAAAACAAGAAUUCGAAAUUUGGAGGCUGAGCUGACUAAGUUCAGGGAGAAUAAUUCCCGUCUAACGGAAACUUUGGAAGCUAAAACAGAAGGCUUUCUGGAGGCUGAAAACAAAUCUAAAUCAAAAAUUGAAGAAUUACAGGAAGUCAUCAGACAACUAAAAACCAAAAUUAACUGGUUGGAACAGCAGAUAGAAAGUUUGAAACAGGAGAAAAUAGCUCUUGUAAAACAACACGAACAAAUGAAAGCGGAGAAAAUAGAAGAAGACAAAAGGAACAAGGAGGUGGUAGAGCAGGCGAUUCGGCAAAAAACUGAAAUCGAAGCUAAGUGGAAAGAGGAUUUCGAAAAGCUCAGAACGAUAAACAUAAUGAAGGAACAGGAUCUUCUAGACGAUUUCGAAUGGAAGUUACGAGAAGUUCAACAGAACUGUAAAAAAAGAUUGGAGGAAAAAGAUAGAUGUAUGGAAGAACGUUUACUGAAAGCUUACAAACAUGCCGAGCAUAAAAUGAAAGAGGCAGAGGAGGUUAUUGAACAGCUCAGCUCCCUAAAAAAAUACGAAUCCGAAGUCGUUAAACUCAGAGGUCUAACUGAAGAACAGGCGCAAUCACUGCAGUCCAUGAAAGAGAAACAGGAACAGAUGAAAUCAGCUGAAUCUAACCUUAAAAGUGAAGCUUUAAGACUGAGAAAAAUGAUAGAAACAGAAAAAGAAAAUAUACAACAUAUACAGAGGCUCCAUAGGCAGGAACUCUUAGACAAAGAAAGGAAAUUACAACAAACGCUAGACGAGAAGCGAAUGGAAAUAGCCAAAUAUUGGGAGGACAAAUUAUUACAUGAGAUUGGAAGGUUGAAAGAAGAAUUGGAACAAAUUUAUACUGAAGAACAGCAUGGAGCCGUUCAAAGGGUGAGAGAAGAAAAAGAAAGAGAAUUCGAAAUGGCCAAAAAAGAAUGGGAAAACAAAAUUAAGGAAUGUUCGAAAGAGGUGGAAUUUCUCAGGAAAACCAUAGAUGAGAAAGACUCAUAUUUCCAAGAGGAAAUAGAGAGGCAACAAUCAAAGACUGAUCAAGAUGUUCUAGAUCUCAGGAGACUCAUGGAUAAGAUCGAUAUGAACCAUCAUGAACGGUACGAGAAAUUGAUGUUAGAGCAUGACAAAGAGCUAGACAACAUAAACAGGGAAACGGAGCAGCGCAUCAAGGAAGUAGAAUUCGGAUGGCAACAACAGGUGACCAUGCUGAGGAAAACCUUGGAAACGAUGAAGGAAGAAAUGGAACAGGAAUCCCAACACAAAAUUGCUUUAUUGAUCGAAAAACAUCGUUCUGAAUUAGACGAGCAAUGGGAAAAUUUAAUAAAACAAAGGCAAGAAGCAGUUGAUCUUGUCGAAAGUGAGUAUGUAUCCAAAUACAAAGCCUUGGAAGAGAAUUUUGUCAUCCAACAAAAAUCACAUGAACAACGUGAAAUUGAGUUAUUGAAAACGGUGGACAGUCUGAAAAAUGAACUGGAAACUAAGAAUUCGAUUAUAGAAGAUCUGCAAAAUAAUGUAGAUACUCUGGAAGGUGGAAUCCAAGUACUGAAUAUGGAAAUUGCUCAACAGUGUGAGGACCUGAACCGGGCAAGGGAAGAGGCCAAAAGUAAAAUGAACCAUUUCAAAGAACACUCAGAGAAUUCUAGAAAGGAAUAUGACAAUGAGAAAGAACAACUAAAAAUCCAAAUGAUUCAAUCACAAGCUAAAGAUAAAGAAACAAUAGAGAAAAUGCAGAUGAGAUAUAACUGUUUAGAGAAACUUUUCAAUGAAGUGAGGCAAAGAUAUGAAAAUAGAGAAUCCAGAAAGGAGGACUUGAACACAAUAGCAGAUCUACGAAGGAUGAUUGCGGAGCAGGAAAAGGAUAUAGCGUGUAUGAACGAGGAGAAAAGAUAUUUCCAAAUGCAAUGUAUGAUUUUGGAAGCGAAGCUCGAUGGUAACUUCUCCGAAGAAGAAGUAUUCCAAGAUGCGGAUCAGGAGAAUAUGCAUUUGAAGCAAAAUAGUAAUAACACCAAUCAAGAGAAUCCUACUGCGUUCAAUGGAACUUUCACUGCGUUAAACAAUUCCGUGAAUGGCCCUAAAUUAUCGAUUCCUCCGACAAUUCAAGAAUGUGAUGAUAUCGAGGAAUAAAAUUAAAUUUGCCCUAUUUGUAUAAAUUUUUGUUUUGUAAUUAUAAGAUUUUUAUGAA